UGUUUUUAACAGUUUAAUAUUUAGAAUUUAAUAUAUUUUCACAUCAUGUGAACUGAUGAUUUGGAAAAGGCUUUGGGAACAUUGUUUACUACUCUUGGGAAAGUGUCUCAACAUUAGAAGCAGUAAAGGUUAAACACGUUUUUCAAGAAGCCAGAAUGUUUUGGGAAUUAUGUCUGUAGCUUCCUGAUUUCUGAGAGAUGAGUCGUGCACUUGCUCGUGUAGACAGUAUAGAAGGUCAGGGUGUCUGUGAAGGCCCUAAAUGAGAAGGACUGUAGCCAUGGCAACUGUGGGAGGGUCUACCUGGUCACUCCUGUCUGGAAUGAAAUGACACCCUGUGGAUGCACCUGGAGCUAUUGUCACCUGGGCCCAGUUCUGCAUCUCCUAGCUGGGGGAGCCUUUGGCCUUUUUAUUAGCUAGUAGCAUCUUGCCCAGACGGUGGAGAGAGUAUAUAUUCAAAGCACUUUCUUUUAGUAGCCCUAGUAAAAGGGUUGAGAAAAAAUAAGAUUAAACUGUUGUUAAUGUUUGUGUCUGUGUCUGUUUCAGCAUUGAAAGGGUAAGAAUGUUUUUCCUGAGGAUAGACCUUUUAAAUAGAGUAAUGGAGAGGUGAGGGUUGUUCUUGUUUAAUUUAUAAGUGAGAAGAGUAAAGUAGGAUUAGGAUCACUGUUUUUAAAACCAGUGGGGUCCUAACUAGUAGAUUGAGAUCUACCUAUAAAUUCUAAAAACCUUAACUACUGGCCGGGCAUGGUGGCUCACGCCUCUAAUCUCAGCACUUUGGGAGGCUGAGGUGGGUGGAUCAGAAGGUCAGGAGUUCGAGACCAGCCUGGCCAAUAUGGCAAAACCCUGUCUCUACUAAAAAAAUACAUUAAAAAAUUAGCUGGGCGUGGUGGCGUGUGCCUGUAGUCCCAGCUACUUGGGAGGCUGAGGCAGGAGAACUGCUUGACAGCCAGGAGGUGGAGGUUGCAGUGAGCCGAGAUUGAGCCACUGCCUUCCAGCCUGGGAAACAGAGUGAGACUCUGUCUCAAAAAAAAAAAAAAAACAACUUCUUGAUAAUAACAACAAAGUGAGCACAGCCUACGUAUCCUUCAUUGGGAACUGGUUAAAUAAAUUGUGUGGUAUCUCUGAUCCUCUGUAACAGGUACAUAGUGAGGUUCACUAUGAGGGCUGCAGUGAAAUGAGCCCCAGACACGUGGCGGAGUAGAAAGACCCAGAUGCAGAGUAGCAUGGAUAAUGUGAUUCCUGUUCCUUUUUGUUUUUUUUCCAGGAAUAAUAACUCAUAUUUAUGCUUGCGUGUGCUUAAAAAAUUCCUGAAAAGACACAUAAGAAACCAUUAACAGUGGAUAUACUCCAAGAAACAUCUGGGAUAGAAGAGAAACUUCCUUUCUAUUGCAAACCCUUUUCUUAGGGUGGAUAUAUAUUUUUAAACAUGUGCAUGUCUACUUUGCCACUAAAAACAAUUAGUUUAAAUAAAAACAACCACUUAGCUGGUAGCUGACUGAGCCAGGUGUCAUGAUCAUGCCUGCGUGGGGGUUUCCUGUCCCAUUCAGGAACCUCACUGCCAGCAUACCAUCUGGGCACUGGGCCCUGGAGAGGGCCCAGCUCACACACAUGAAGGUAGGAAUCUCUGGAGUACAGUGGAAGUGGAUGGAUUUGCUGACCAGUCUUUAAAAAUGUUAAGGCUUGGGGGCUUGGAGAACAGGCAUUCUGUAUUAAAACAAAUGUUGCUCCUGGCUGAACAGUUUGAAGAUAUGGAGCUUAUGACCUCAAAAGAAGUGUAUAGGGUGCGGGGGAGGGUAACAAAUUAUGGAACCACUUAGGCUGAAGAAGCAUUUGAAUAAUGUUCCAAGGAGGGGCACAUAAGUGGUCAUAAUUACUUCGGGUCUGCUGUCUGAACCAAUUUCCAGUCUUUUCUACUUCCUUUUUCAGGCAGCAAGUUCCAGAAACUGGCUACUCACUGCAUGAACUUGGCAGGUCCUCUUGAUUUUCUUAUGCUUCACCUCUGAGGGCUUAAAAGGGAGUCUUUAGGCUCUAUGAUCAGAGGCCCUGCGCAGAGAGCACUGUCUCCCCCACACGCACCCCAGUGCUGUCAGAAAUGCAGGCUGCUGCCUCAGCAUGGGUGCCCAUGGCCUCCUCAUUUCCUUGUGCGUUUCACUAGCCGCUUUUGCUCUUUUGUCCAGCACCAUUAUCUUUUUCAUGAAGUGUGGCUUCCAGAAUUGUCUGUGACGUACAUUUUAUUUACCUCGUUCAUUCAUUCCACUCGUUUCUUGUCAGCUUACUCAGCUGGUUGUGAUUGUGCGUUCAGGACUCUGCAGUGUCAGGUACUGGCCUAGGAGUUGGGGGUGUGGUUGGGGACAGUGUCUAGAGGCUUCUUUGAAUCUGAAGCAUGCCUUUGCAUUGGCGUCUCCUGGACAUAGUAAACACCCAGCUCCAGAGUGGAUUAGAUGGUAGCCACCGCUUUAUAGGUGAGGCUUGAGCAAAUGUCCCUGAGUGGGUAUCACUGGUGCCUCCCAGAGUAAAGGCAUCUGACGCCCCCACUCGCUCGGAGUCUUCUUGCAGUCUGUUCAUAUUUGAUUGUCAUUCUCCUCCUCCAGCCUAAGUACCCUGGAGAUGUCACUUUUCCUUCUGAGGGAACACUAAGUAAGCUGUUCCCUGAGGAGACAGCCGAGCCCACCCUUGGUUCUUUUACCCAGGGAAGUGUCUGGCCCUCUCCUUUGCUCUCUGUCUUCAGUCUGCUUCCAUCUUAUGACAAAGAAAUCCCUCACGUUUGGGAGUUUUUAAAUUCGAGAUAAGAAUUAUUUUUAAAAUCACAAGAUAUAAAUGUUAAGCCCCCAAACCACACUUCCUGAGGACGGAUGAUUGUUGCCCAUCUGGGAGAGGCUGGGCCGGGCCCCAAUGUCUAUGUUGGUAAAGGAGGGAGUGGCACCCCUCUGAAGGAUUGUUAUUGGGACCGGCCUGGGCCAGGCCAGUAGCAGUGCUCAGUACAGUGCUCAGAGAAGGCCCAAAAGUGUAUGUUACUUGAGAAAAAAGGAAAAUCCACGCUGACAACAGUAUCAGAGUGAUGUGAUUCUCAAGUGUUUUAUCUCUAUAUUUUUUGUACCAUUUUCUUUGUUUAUUUUUAUUUAUUUAUUUAUUUUGAGACAAUCUUGCUCUCUUGCCCAGGCUAGAAUGCAGUGGUGUGAUCUCAGCUUACUGCAACCUCCACCUGCUGGGUUCAAGCAAUUCUCCUGCCUCAGCCUCCCAAGUAGCGGGGACUACAGCUUGCUGAUGACCGUAUGGCACUGGUGUCAGGCAUCAGCUUAGAUCCAGAAGCAACAAUUGGUGUGACAAAACGGUCACCUCCUAAAUGGGUGGAUGGAGUGGAUGAAAUUCAGUAUGAUGUUGGCCGGAUUAAGCAGAAGAUGAAAGAAUUAUCCAGCCUUCAUGACAAGCAUUUAAACAGACCCACCCUGGAUGACAGCAGUGAGGAGGAACACGCCAUCGAGAUAACUACCCAGGAGAUCACUCAGCUCUUCCACAGGUGCCAGCGUGCUGUGCAGGCCCUGCCGAGCCGGGCCCGGGCCUGCUCCGAGCAGGAGGGGCGGCUGCUUGGGAACGUGGUGGCCUCGCUGGCGCAGGCCCUGCAGGAACUCUCCAUCAGCUUCCGGCACGCACAGUCAGGCUACCUCAAACGUAUGAAGAAUCGAGAGGAGAGAUCCCAGCAUUUUUUUGACACGUCAGUACCACUAAUGGAUGAUGGAGACGAUAAUACUCUUUACCAUCGGGGUUUUACCGAUGACCAGUUAGUGCUGGUGGAGCAGAACACACUGAUGGUGGAAGAGAGGGAGCGAGAGAUCCGCCAGAUUGUACAGUCCAUUUCUGACCUGAAUGAAAUAUUUAGGGACUUAGGAGCGAUGAUUGUAGAACAGGGUACAGUCCUUGAUAGAAUUGACUAUAACGUUGAACAGUCCUGUAUCAAAACGGAAGAUGGCUUGAAACAACUUCACAAGGCAGAACAGUAUCAAAAGAAGAAUCGGAAGAUGCUUGUGAUUUUAAUAUUAUUUGUCAUCAUCAUUGUGCUCAUUGUUGUCCUCGUUGGCGUGAAGUCUCGAUAAGUGGCAUUGGGUUCUCGUGUGUGCCACACGCAUGCAUCUCCCGGUGUGAGGGGCUUGGCCUGCGCGGGCCAGCUGCCGUCAGAGGUGCAGCCCCGAGGAAUCCGAGGGCAUCGGGGCAGAGAACCUUUCCAUCCACAGACUCCUCCUCCAUUAGUCCUGCUCAAGUGGUCCGGGGAAUGGGCUUUUGUUUUUCCUUCAUUGUUGAAAAUUUAAGGACCUUUGAUACUGCUGCACAAUAGAGAUUGAGUUCUGUGAUCAGUUAUCAUAUAUAUUUUUCUUAGAGAAAGUGAGCUGAAAGUUUACAGGGACUGCAGAAGCUGUUCAGGAUUAUAUGUGUAUAUGCUGUUUUUUUAGCAGCCAUGUCUGAGCAGAAUGUUAAAAUAAUUUUUGGAAAAAUUUUCUUUAAACCAUUCUGGUUUUUAAGAAAUUUGGUACCAAAAAUUGAUGAGUAGAGGCAAAAAUGCCUCUUCAUCUUUCUCUAUAUAUUUUCCAGUUGAAAACAACUAAGAAGUCCUUUAAGAAUUUAUAAUCUGUUCCCUAUUAACUUAAUUUAGCUUUUCCAUCACUGUUAAUGAUCAGAGUAACAAAGUGUGAAAAAUAAGAAACCAUCAUUGAUGUUAAUUAACACAUUUAGAUGGGCCAGUUAAAACAGCUUCAUAAGUUUAAUUGUAAAUGGAAUAUUCCUUAUUUAAAAUUUUUGCACUGCAUUUUCUACUGUAAACCAAAAGGGGUUACUAAGCAAAACCACCUAAAAUACAGUUGGUGAUUUGAAUAAAUCUCGCAUUAAAAGAAAGCUUGACAGUGUUAGGAAAGCCACCAGUCUCAGCCAGUGUGUCCCCGUGGGUAUCCCCAGCCUCCUUGCUCCAUCCAUUACUUAUAUACUAACUACAUAAUGACCUGUUCAAACCAGACUCUAUUUAAUGAACUGUGAAUUUACACAGAGGCCAUUUUAAAUGGGUCACCCCAUUUAGGAUUAGUGGAUCUCAAAUUAUUAACCAAACAUCACUCCAUUUCAAAGUAAAAUAUUCCACCAGUGAUUUGAUUUAUUGGCUCUUCCAUUGCCACUGAGCAAUGCCUAGGAAGCAGGCACAUUGCCAAGGACUGUGGGCAUCUUGACUAGGAAGCUCCUUGUUUGUGUGAGUGUGGGUCAGAUUGCCAAAGUAAGACUUCGUCAUUUUCCUACCUGUUAUCAAUAUGGUGCUGAAAUACAUUCCUACAACUGUAGAAUAGUGUGAAAAGGGAUGGGAGGUUUGAAGUAGUUCAUGUUUUAUUGGCCUUGUUUUAAUUGGUACCAGUAGAGUUUUAAUGGUCUUUGUGUAAUUUUUAAUGGCUUUUCCAUUGUUUUGCUUCUCUUACAAAGUUUAAGAAGUGUAUGACCUCAUUCAAUGUACUGCAUUUUAUUUGGACCAGUCACUUAAAAUGUCUCUCUAGAGUUGACUUUGAAGUUGUUUCCAGAAAUUUAAACUCAAGUCCAGAGAUUGAAGCUGUCCAAACAGCUCAUGGGCUUAACAUCCAAACCCCUGCCCCAGCCUUCCCUUUCCAAGUUGGCGCCACCUCCGGCAGCCACUGGUUUUCUUAUUACUGAUGUAGCUGUGGAAUGGUAAGGACCUAGAGGUGUCCCUGGCAUUUCAGGAAGCAACCCCUGUCUUCCCUGACAAGUAUUGUUUAGGAAAGAGGGCCGGAAAAUAAGAAGCCAGCACCUCAUCAGUCACCCCUGAAAUGUUGAGGCUUCCAUAGCUCUUGAAAGUCAUUGGAGGUGUUCUUUCAUCUCAGCUCAUUUUAACCCAUGGUUGAGAUGUUCCAAGUUAGACCUGCUCCUCUUAGGAGUGGGGCUGUCUGAAUUAGGGAACUGGCCUCAAAAACAGUCUGCAGUGGCAAUACCGGAUUCCUGUUCAAGCUUUUUUAAAGAGCUAAGUCUUAGAAACACUUGAAGUAAACUGACCCUGUAGGAGAAGAUCAUCGUUUGUUUAUAUUUAUUUUCACCAAAUAGGGUGAUGAAGGUUGGUUUUUGUCCCCUGCACCUAUUUGGGUAAAAUAACAGACCUGAAUAGAGAUUGUUUUAAGGAUGUCCUCCAGGUUGGGGAACUGUCCCAUUCCACUUGAAGCCAGGGCACUGGUACUGUGACUGUUUUCCCAAGGUGGGGGAGAGAUAGACCCAGCCUGGAGCUAGCUGACCCCGGGCCUAUGUGCUGACUUCUUGGGGUCCUCAAACCACUGUAUUUUUCUUUUGAGCCUGUACUUGGGGAGAGAUCAGCAGCAUUUGAGGAAGUAAGAGAGAAGAAUCAUGGUACCUCAGGGUUUCUUUCCCUUCACUCACUGACAGCUGUUGUCUGUGGGCACCUCAUGCUUCUUCUCUGCACUCUGUUGAGCUGUGGAGGUAACGAUCACCCAGGCCAGUCUCCCCUGCCUGGGAUGUGCCCUUGGAGAAGAGGCCUAGCAGGGCAGGCUCCCUCUGGGCAUCCCUGGGUGCAGCCUCUGGACACAUGUCUUCUCUUUUUUCUUUUUUUUUUGAGAUGGAGUCUUGUUCUGUCACCAGGCUGGAGUGCAGUGGUGUGAUGUCGGCUCACUGCAACCUCUGCCUCCCAGGUUCAAGUGAUUCCCCUGCCUCAGCCUCCUGAGUGGCAGGGACUACAGGUGCGCGCCACCCCACCUGGCUAAUUUUUUGUAUUUCAGUAGAGAUGGGGUUUCACCAUGUUGGCCAAGUUGGUCUCAAUCUCCUGACCUCAUGAUCCUCCCACCUCGGCUUCCCAAAGUGCUGGGAUUACAGGUAAGAGCCACCAUGCCCAGCCCAUAUGCCUCCUUUAAAGUGUCCAGGGGUGGCUCAGGUUCAGUGGAGGUAGAAGGAGAAACAGACAUGUUUACCAUCAGUUUUCCAAAGCUCCUGGUCUUUCCCAGGAUUGUAACUGAAAACUGCUGUCUCUUGUGUUCGUUUGUGGGGGUGGGGGUGCUGGCUGGGCCAUGCAUGUGAAGCGGAUUCACCCUCUGCUAAUUGAGAGAGCGUUAUUUACAUUAUUUAUUUGUUUUGACACAAGUGGUUUCAGUGUUUUAUCCUAGCUAAUGGCUUAAGUUAAUAAAACCCUUCCACCUUAAUUGGUCAGAUAAGACUUUUUUUCUUGUAUGCUUAAAUAAAGCAAUUAGUGAAGUGCUUCUACCAAAAUGACCUUUUUUGUCCUUUUUAAAAACCAAUUUACUGUUACUGGAAACUUUUUGUACAAUAAAGCAAUCAUGCAGAUUAAAGAACA